UCUGGAGAGAUAUAGCUGACAGUGUCUCCUAUGAAGGUGCUCAUACGAAAUCAGUGGAGCACUGUAAGAAAAGAAUCUUGAAGGCCAAGCUGGCCAGAGAGAAACAGUCUGCACGUACUACAGGCGGUGGUGCGCCUUAUACAGCUGAGCUCUCUUCAUAUGAGUCUCAGGUGAUGGAGAAGCUGGGCUUGAUACUGACGAGGUGACAGCAUCUACCAGUGCUGCUGCUGCUGAUGCUGCCAUUGAUGGGGAUUACACACUCCAAUUGGCCAUCAGUAUCCAUACUGAAUCCAGCCACAGCUUCUCCUCAGUCGCCACACAGCCUGACAUUAUGUGCAUCACCCCUGAUGGAGCAAGCAUUAGCCGAACCACAGCUGAGGUCCGAAGGGCUUUGGGACACCUUCCAACAUCUUCGAUCUCCUCCUCAGAUAUUGAACAUGCCCAUAAUGUUUUGGAGAAGAUCGCCAGCUAUGUUCAACAGAUGAGAGCUAUUGUGGAGGAGGAGUCCCUGGGAGAGACCCAAUAUCCAGAAUCCCAGGAGCAUGGAAUCUCCCAGGGGACAUUUGAUACAGAGGCUCUCAUCUGUGCUGCCCCUCCUGCCCUAGAAGACCCUGCUACCCCUCCUGCAUCUGUUGCUUGUGUCCCAGCAGCUCAUGGCCAUGCUGAUCCUGGCCACGAACUGCCUCCCAUCACUGAUGAUGAGGCAGUUUGUCAAAUGUUAAAUCUGGCCACGCAGUACAGGGUUGAUCACCAUGAAUUGCAUGGGGCAUUAAGAUUAUCUGUCGAUCAACAGUGGCAGAUAUUAGAGAGGGGCAUUAUAGUAGAUAGGGAAAGAUUAGAUUUAGAAAGGGAAAGAGUGAGAAUAGAAAUAGGUAGAAAAGAUUUAGAGAGGGAAAGAUUUGCAUAUAAAAGGAUGAGGGAUAGUGAAAGAUUAGAAUUAGAGAGGGAUAGAUUUUUUUAAGAAAGACAGAAGGAUAGUGAUAGGAUACAUUUUGAUAGGGAGAGAUUAGAAGUAGAUAGG